UAUGAGUUAAUUAGAACCAUUUGAACAUCAUUAUAGUAAUUAAUACUUUGAAGUAUUUGGAUGUUCUCAUAAGAAUCGUCAUAUCUAUUCAGAGAAAAUGAUUUGCACAGAUUGUGGCAUUUUCUUAAAUAAUGUAAAAAUUCAUCAUUAGAUUAUAGCCCAACACCAAAGUCUAUAAAACACUCAAAAUGAAAUAUAAUGCAUUUUUUAAUCCAAUUAAAGUAUUAUAAGGGAUGAUGUUGGAUAGUUAACCAAAUGGACCUAUUAAAUAACGAUAAUAAUUCAUAGAAUUCAUUUUGUAAGUGUCAGAAAGACUUAAUCUUUCAAUCAAUACAUCUUUUCUCGCUAUUAAUUAUAUUGAUGAAUAUUUCAAUAAAGUUAAUGUCAAUGAAAAUCAAACUUAUCUAUUUGUUUCUACAGCUCUUAUGUUAGCUGCUAAAGCAUAAGAACUUGAUGAGAGAGUUCCAUUUAUAAGCAAGCUUAAAAGAUAUGCAUCCAUAACUAAUCAUCCUGAAAUUAGUUAGUUUACCACUUAAGAUUUCAAAUCAGCAGAACGAUAAUUAAUACAAAAAUUAGAAUGGAAAUUAUAAAGAAACACAUUAUUAGAUAGAAUAGAAGCUUUAUUAUCUUUUGGAGUUAUUGAUGAUGAUGAUAGUUUAGGUUAAUAAUAAUAAUAAAAAGAAAAUAAGGAUUCUAUACAUCAAUAACAUAUUAAAUUGAGAGACUUAUAAGAAAAUUAGAUUUUAUAUUUUGUUAAAGAAGUGGAAAGUAAAUAUAUUGAAAUAGCUUUGUAAGUUAUUAGAGGUAUUUAAUUAUAAUAUUAAUUUUAGAUGAAUAACUCUAUUUUUAAACUGAUUAAACUAUAUUAGCAUUAUCAUGUGUUGCUUAUCUAAGAAAGAAGGCUGGUCUAUUAAAUAUUUGGUCAUAAUAAUUAUAAAGUUUGACUGGAUAUGGUGCAUAGAAAAUAUCAUCCUCAGUUUCUUAAAUUAUGACUCUCAUUGCCAAAAGUAAGAGCUUCAAAACUAUAACAAAAUUACAGAUUAAUCCUUCAGAUCUUUAUUAUGAAUAAAUUAACACACCUACUAAUACUCUUACAACUGUUAAUUCGAAUGUUAUUGUGAAUAGAAUAUUUUAAUUUGAUUCUAAAAGACCAUCUUUAGGAGAUACAAUGAUUCAAAAAGUUAAAGUUCCUAUUUUUUAAUCUUAAUCAACUGCUCAUUUAGGAGAUCUUAAUAAAUAAUUAAUAUAAAAAAAUAUGAAUUUUACUACAAGUACAAAUUAUUCAUGUCUGAAUGAUAAUACUAUAGGACAAAAUACAAUCAUUUCUUCACGUAGUAUUCAUCAAAAUCAUAAUGGAGAUCUUGAUAAAAAAUAUGAGUAAGUGCAUAAAGUUGGAGUAAAUAUGUUUAAAUAAUUGCAGUGA